AUGCCAGUGAACGGAUCGGCAUCAACUUGCAAUGAGGGAAGGCGCUAUUCCAUUGGCAGCGGAGAAAAAUACAUGGUUGUUUGGGAUGCGCAUAAGGGAUUGGAUUCUUUUCCAGACGUGCAUGUGGAGUCGAUAACCAAUCCUGACCUUUCCUACGGCAUUUUCCUCAAGCGCCACACGUGUUACGAUCUAAUCCCACUUAGUGCCAAACUGGUUGUCUUUGACGUCACUUUAAAUGUCAAGAAAGCCUUCUUUGCUCUUGUUUACAACGGUGUUCGUGUGGCAAUCCUAUGGGAUUCUAUCAAACAGCUUCACAUUGGCAUGUUGACAAUCACAGAUUUCAUUCGUAUUCUCCAUCAUUAUUAUCGAUCUCCCACCACUCCAAUGACCGAGUUAGAGGACCAUCAAAUUAAAACCUGGAGAGAACAGUUAACGGAAUACCAGCGCCCUUUGAUCUAUAUAACGCCUGAGAAAACUCUAUUGGAUGCUGUACGUCAACUUUUGCAACACAGAGUUCACCGGCUUCCUGUGAUCGACCCUGUCGGUGGUAACCCGUUACAUAUUCUCACUCACAAACGAGUCCUGAAAUACCUGCAUCUCAAUUUUUCCCAACUUCCACGUCCUUCGUUUAUGGGUCGCAGAUUGCGGGAAUUAAAUCUGGGCACCACGACCGGAGUGAUCACCGUGAGCCAAGAUUGUCCCUUGCAUCGUGCGCUUCAGUAUUUCAUCGAUUUCCGGGUUUCAGCUCUUCCAGUUGUGGAUUCGCAUGGCCGGUUGGUGGACAUUUAUGCCAAAUUUGAUGUGAUAAACUUGGCUGCCACGAGGACUUACCACAAUCUGGAUAUCUCCGUGUAUGAGGCACUCAGCUACCGUCGGGGUAAAUUUCAAGGAGUCGCUACUUGUCAGUUUGACGACACUCUACAAAUCAUCGUCGAUCGAAUCGUAGACGCCGGUGUCCAUCGGCUGGUGAUCGUUGAGGACGAAAAGGUGGCUGGUAUCGUGUCACUUUCGGAUCUGCUUCGAUUCCUGAUUGCCGAACCCUCCACCGCCGAAGCAUUAUCGUGA